GUUAAAGUCAGAGCAAAACUAUAACUUUUUGUGUGUGGCUGUGUUGCCCCUAUAGAUAAGCAAAAGCAAACUGUCACCCAAAAAAACAGGUUUGUUUAGAAAGUGUUGUAGAUGCAGGUGUAGAGUAUGAUGUAACUUGAGAGGGAGGAGGUACAGAUAAAACCCUUGUAUGACUCAGACGUUGGUCAGAAGGCUGCAUGUGUGAGCAGCUUCUCCUCCUCUGUCCAGUGAUGGAGACACUGAAGGACGUUAAACUGUGCUUUCCACAGCUCAACACUUCAUGCAAAAGGAACAGUCGCACUCACACUGAGGCAAUGCUCAUUUACACUCUGCUGCCGUCCAUGUCUGUGCUCACUGCAGUUCUCAACCUGCUGGUCAUCAUCUCCAUCUCUCACUUCAGGCACAGUUUAUUGUUUAAUCAUUUUACUGCGUUAAUCACACUUUCGUCCAUCAUCGUAUUGUUUAACAAUAAAUAACACUGUAAUAAAUAAAACUGUACUUUACUGUCUUGUUAUAAUGAUAUUAGUGUUUGUAAUGGUCAUAAUGAAGUUGUUCUCUCCCUCCAGGCAGCUCCACACUCCCACCAACCUCCUCCUUCUCUCUCUGGCUGUUUGUGAUUUCCUCGUUGGAUUCAUUUUGAUGCCGUUUCAGAUCCUCUUAACAGAACCCUGCUGGUUUUUGGGUGAUCUGUUGUGUACUCUGUUUUAUUUAGUUGCUUUUUUUACUGUAUCUGCCUCAGUGGUAAAUGUGGUGCUGAUCUCAGUGGAUCGUUACAUUGCUGUCUGCCACCCUCUGAUUUACCCUAUCAAUGUUACAGAAAGAAGAAUUAGAAUCUCUGUCCUUUUUUCUUGGAUUUACUCCUUCUUUUACAGCCUCCUGAUUCUAAGCGAUAACCUGAAAAAAUCAGGCAGGUUUAACUCCUGCGAUGGGGAAUGUGUGAUUGGCAUAAUCGGAGCAGUUGAUGUAAUCUUAAUUUUUAUUUUGCCCAUCUCAGCCAUCAUCAUCCUGUAUGUGAGGGUGUUUGUGGUGGCUGUGUCUCAGGCUCGUUCCAUGCACUCCCAAGUUGCAUCUGUGAAACUGCAGCGUUCACUGACUGUCACUGUUCAGAGGUCAGAGCUGAAAGCAGCCAGGACUCUGGGUGUAGUUGUUGUUGUGUUUCUCAUGUGUUACUGUCCAUAUUAUUGUGUCUCUCUUUCUGGCUCUAAUCUAAUGGUUGGUUCACCGUCUGAGGUCCUCAUGAUUUUCUUGAUUUAUUGUAAUUCCCUUCUCAAUCCUCUGAUUUAUGCUAUUUUGUAUCCGUGGUUUAGAAAAUCAGUCAAACUCAUUGUUACACUUCAGAUUUUAAGGCCUAACUUUCAUGCUGGCAAUGUUCUGUACUCAUAGAAGCAGUAAUGUUUUAGUUUUGUUGUUGCCAUGUCCUCUAAUCUAAACAGAAGAGACUAUUUGUUCUGUCAUGAGCUCCAUUGUCACAGAAACAAAAUAAACUACAUUACCAGGCAAAAUGUUAGACACUAAGUUUAAAGGCUUUUUUUUAUUUUAAUGACACCAAUAAAAAAAAUUAAUUCUACAAAUGAACCCCGAAAAUGCACCUGUGAAGUGAAAACCAUUUUAGUUGACGACCUCAUGAAGCUCUUUGAGAGAACGCCAAAGAUAAACUAGGCAGUAAUCCAAUCAAAGAUUUUAUCUAAAAUAAAAAUCAAGUUUUUUGUUUUUUCGUCCCCUUUACACAACAUAAUUCAACAUGUUCAUGCAUAGAUUUGAUGCAUUAAGUGAGAAUUUACUGUAUAAAUAGUCAUUAAAAAAGAAAAAGAACAAAUGUCAAACGUUUUCACUGGUAGUGUACAACACAGACAGAA